CCCCCCGACGACUGCCUCUUGAAAUCACUCACUCCUCGGGGCUCGCGCGGGCAAGCGUCAUUUCGUCAGCGCGGCGUCAAUCCGCGGCGCAAGCUGCGGUCUCGCGCCGCGGCGGUGGGCAGGGUGGGCGCGCGGGAGAAGGGGAGAGCGAGGGGGGCGAAUGACAAGCGGGAGGAGCCGGAGCAGAAGCGGGGAGACGGCGUGCGGAGGCCACCCGGUGCCUCUCUUCUCGGGGCGCUCGGGGAUUUCGCUGGCGCCGCGCGUGCGCGGGGUGCGCGGCCCGCCGCCGCGCCGCGCUUGGACGGCGGUUCCAAGCCCAGGGGCAGCGCGGGCAGCCCUGAGGACCGAGGAGCGAGGGCCCCAAACAGUAGACGAGCGCCCCAUUGGCGCGCGCAGGUUCAAGCGAAGCUCCGAAUUGACAGAGACUGCCCUCCACGCUUCGAGCUACA